UGGUCGCCAAACCCUCAUCGCAACAGCCAACAACAACCACUUCCAUCUCCAUCGUAACCACCACGCUCAGCGCCACGAAGAGUCCCAUAAUGGCGCAUUGCGAACUAGCCUCAAGGCCAUUGUUCCAAUGCCUACGGCACACAUACAACAAGACCCUGCUCGUAACCCAAUUUUCGCCUACCCGCGCCUUCUCAUCUACACCCACCACAAAAGAUGAGGCUCAAUCAGAAACUCCUCGUAGCGAACCCUUCUACAGAGCUCCAGAUCCGGCACUGGUAACGAGUCCUCGGUUGGAGCGAAGGCUUGUCCGAGCUGGCAAUCACCCAAUUGGAUCCCGUCGACGUCGAGCGGCCCUCCAAGACUCGCCUAAUAUCCCCUUCGAGCUGCUGCCAUAUCAAUGUUUCCAGGAGGCCCGCAAGGUCUUGUUGGAGGAUAGGGAGGAAAAGCUCAAGCAAAUAGAGAUAGAACGUGCUAGAAUAGCGAGACUACGUGCGGCCGAUCCUACGACUGUGGGAGGAGAGCUUCAGAAAAGUAAUCGCCUGAGGAGCAUGGAGAAGCACUUGGAGCACUUGAAAAUCCUGGCGGAUAUCAAUGACCCUGUGAUUAAGAAACGAUUUGAGGAUGGACUCGGUGACAUGAAUCGGCCGAUAUAUCGAUACCUAGCCGAUCAAAAAUGGAGGGAGUAUAAACGGAAGAUCAUCGUUCAGCGUAUAACCCAGAUGAAGGUGGUUCCUGAUGUUCUUCCUCACCUAGAUCCCAUUGUCGAGGUGAAAUUGGCUUUCGGUAGACGACCAAUACCGCCUGGUGAAUUCGUAGAUUCCCGAGUCAGCUCGCUGCCAGCCAAACUAAGUGUCCAGAGCUUUGAGCGAGGCGAGAAGCUGUUGACCAUUGCCCUUGUGGACUCGGAUGUUCCUAACCUCGAAAACGAUACUUUCGGUUUCCGUUGCCAUUUCCUGGCCGUUAACGUGCCUAUUUCACCUACUGAGCCCAGAAUUUCCUUGGACAAGCUGUCAACAGACAACCAAGUCAUCCUCCCUUGGCUUCCCCCGUUCGCCCAGAAGGGAAGCCCAUAUCAUCGGCUCUCUGUAAUUAUUCUGGAGCAAAAGGAUCAAGCCGCCUUGGAUUUGAAACAAGUGGCAGAGAAAGUGCAACGAGACGACUUCCGCCUUCGAGGCCUUCAGACUCGACACCAGCUCAAACCAAUUGGGGUUCAUCUUUUCAGAAGCAAAUGGGAUGAAAAUACAGAAUCUGUAAUGAACGAGUUUGGUAUUCCGGGUGCAGAGAUUGAGUUCCGGAGAAAGAGAAUUGAGCCUCUACCAUAUAAGAGAAGGAAUCCCGCCUCAUUUAGAUAGCCUCUUUUGUUGCUUUUUGUAUCUGUUCGGUUAGGUUUUAUAGCAAUUGUUACAAUAUAUUGUAUAUUAGAGCUCUAUAGCACACUCAAUUUUUUUAUUGUUUACAUACAAAACAUGAAAAGCAAAGCCAGCCUUAAUGCCAUCUCAAUUCCCCAGGUUGGAGUGCAUGUCCUAAUAAAUCCGAAGAAACUCCAGUUCUAUGCAUGUGCUUGUAUCUCAAUCAUCCGAAAACUUGGCAGGUUCCAAUGUAUUCCGUACCCACCUAGGAAAGGAAUUACCUUUCCCCUUUGCAAUGACUUUACCCAUCACCA